AUGAAGAGCAAGCAGAUAACCCAAUUAACCCUUUAUAACAUCAUGUUCUGGCAGACCUCGCCUCCAGUUCCGGCUUUCAGCGAAACAGUUCGCGUAAAUCAUUUCGACGCCCAGUCCUGUUCGGAUAUUUUGGGCCUUUGUAUCUAUUACCUCGACCCCGAUAAUAAGGUGCGAACUGCCGCGGAGCCCAGAAUCGUCCAUGGUCCUAAAACUUUCGAUCCUGCGUACCGCUAUAACAACCGGCUUAAGCGGAGUUUUAUGUUGGUUAUUACCGGAGGAAGUUACAGAAGUUUUAACCAUACAGAUUUUAGGUUUAACCUAUUUUAUUGCCUCAAAUGUGCGGUUACGACAGGAUACCCUAUUGUCGAACGGACGGAAGUUGCGAUUUUGCAAUUUGGGGCUAAAUUCGAAAAAAGCAAGCGACACCAACUAUUUUACUUGCAGCCUCAUGCAGGAAUUUCUUUCCUGCCCAUACAGGUUUCUGUCAAGGCCCACAAAUCCAACAAUUUCUGUACGAAGCCAUCUCUCGAUCAAAUGUCACCUGACAUUUUCAGUGCAAAAGCACCCUUAAAAAAACCACAAAAAAUCUUGGCCAUCGUCAUACUAUUAAGGCGCGGGCUUGCCCCUCCUAUUCAGAUUAUUAAAGGAAUCGGUGCCGACGACAAAGCUCAGUUAGGAGGCCCGAGAGAACCGGAUACAUUUAAAAUGGCCAAAGCUGCGUCCGAGGAGCUGCAAAAUGUUUUAGCUAUUAGGGAUUGGCGUUACGGCGAUUGA